AUGACCGCAGCCGGGGUCAGACAAGAAGGGUUCACGGCGCUCACCAAAGGUGGAUCGGCGCCGAUUGCUGGUCUCAUCUUUGUCUACAGCUUCCAGGGCCACCCCGAAAAGACAUGGACAUACGGAAAGAGGGAGAAAGAGGCCAGGCCCAUGAAACCCAUGAGUCGGGUAUUCGAGGUCUUUGCUUCGAGGAGGCACGCUGAAGACUCCUUCGAUCAGCCGACCUACAGCCCGCCUGUCUUCUGGCCGCUCGAUCUCCUGGCUGAGGACUUCUCUCACGUUCGGUAUGAUCUGCGUGAUAUAUACGAGUCGACGCAUGCCAUUAUCUUUUUUGGCACCCCACACCGUGGGUCUUCGUACACAAAGUUGGGCAUUCUGGCGCGAGAUAUCGCCGUCCUCGUCGGCCUCGAUGCCAGCGGUAGUAUUCUCCGAUCUCUCGAGCCCGACGCUGAGAUCUUGAGGAUUCUUAGCGAUCAAUUUGCGCACAUGCUUCUUGAAAGGUCGUUCAAGAUCCAUUCUUUCCAGGAGGCAUGGGGUUCACGAGUGCUUAUUUCUUGUCGCGAGAGGUUCAGUGGCCUGGAUGAUCCUGGGUACAGAAAGGUGAAAGGCGUUGUGUCCCAGUAUUUGGACGAGAUUCAAACCGUACAAGCGCGAGAUGGUAGGCAAUUCCGCGAAGCUUAUAACGUUUCUGUUCACUAG